AUGAACGAUAAAUACCUCGAUGGACCUUUUGUUUUUAGAAUUAACGACAAUGGCAGUGGGCCUAAUCUACUUGUACAGGUAUGUGUAGAACGCGGGUGGAGGGAGUAUACCGGGGACAACAGCACCCUGAAAGACCGGUGGAAUCUGUGGUGGAAAUCAGGGGGGUUCAGUACAACAUACUACAAAAAUUUAUUGCCAGGACAAUUCAUAAACCGAAUACCCAAGGGCAGCUCGAUAUGUAAAAAAGACAAUCUUGUACGGCAUUUAAAAUGCAUGAGACAGAUAUAUGGUAAUAUUUAUGACAUAAGUCCGGUAGGAUACAAUCUUCCAUCAGAGUACACGAAACUUGCGGCAGACUGCAGUCGCUCUGAGAAGGACGAACGGGUGUGGAUAUGCAAGCCUGUUGGACAGAGUCAAGGACGUGGUAUUUUCCUAUUUCGGAGGCUGAGUGAUUUGACGUAUGACAGUACUGCGGUUGUUCAAAGAUAUAUAGAGAGACCUCUUCUUAUUGGCGGCUACAAAUUUGACUUGAGAUUGUACGUUUGUGUCCCAUCGUUCAAACCUCUUGUCAUUUAUAUUUACAAUGAAGGUCUAGCUCGUUUUGCAACUCAAAAAUUUUCGCUUGAUAAUCUCAGCGACCCUUUUCGGCAUCUUACCAAUUUCGCCCUCAAUAAACUGGGACCAGGAUACUCACAAAAGAAGGAGAGAGUCGGUGCAGGCUCGAAAUGGAGUUUCCGACAAUUAAGAAGAUACAUGAAUCAAUCGGGCUUCCACGACUGGUUCCUCUGGCAGCGAAUCGCCUGUCUUAUAACACUUACAAUUAUUAGUCAAACUGCUGGCAUUCCCGAAACCUCUAACUGUUUUGAAUUUUUUGGUUUUGACGUUUUGAUUGACGCGGAUCUCAAGCCCUGGCUUUUAGAGGUAAAUAUAAGUCCAGCACUUGGAAAUGAUUGCGAAGUGGACUCUGAAGUUAAAAAACCGCUUCUUCAUGAUCUAUUUGAUUUGUUGGGUCUGCCGGUAUGUAACACCGGUCUUUCACUUUUCAAAAUUUGGUCAACAACGCCUAAUAAUAAGAGUAUCGAUAAUGAUUAUUGUGCUUCCAAGUAUUAUAAGCCACGAUGUUCAGCAAAGCAAUCAUGUAAAUUAAAUUCAAACAAUGCCGUUACCUUUGUAAACAUUUGUUCAAAUAACCGAGAUGUGUUCCGAAAUUCAGCGAGCGCGUAUGAAAAUUAUGGUAACGCGCGAUACAAUUUUUUGUGUCUUGAAAAAAAUAUUCGUCAACGAUUAAAUUCAGCUCAGAAAUUAAACAACAAUAAUUCUGGUACACUGGUUUGGGACAAUGGACGAGAUUGGAGCAAUCCCAAAAUCCGGGAAGGUGGAUGGAUUCGUACAUAUCCUUUUACAAACUGUAAAUUACUGGAGAAUGUUGAAUUUCAACAUCCAGUAAGUACAAAAGAAACCAAGACUACCGAACGAGAAAUUAAAAAUAAUGUUCUAUCUAUUCAAAGAUUUAUUAAAGUUGCUAAAGAUGUUCAUCGAGACUUUGGUAAGUAUGGAGAUGAAAGAUGUAAUCAGCUUUUACGUCAAGAAUUGGAGUUGAGCUCAGAAAUUUGGCUUCCCAAUAAAUAAUUACAUGAUAUAUCAUACUGCCAUUUACUAUUCUUUUUUUUUUUUUUUUUUUUUUUUUUUUUUUGUAUUAUAUAAAUGCAC